AUGACGUUCGAAAAAAUCGCGAAACUGUGUGAAAAACACGGAUUUUUGCGUAGAGUCGCCCAUGCGAGACUAGAAAUGUUCAAAAUGGGGCCAACUGGGGCCCUUUUGCAGGAAAAUUUGCAUACAGAGUGGUUCAAUAACAUCGUAAUUGGCAAAGAUGUUCAAGUGUUUCAUUGUGGGGACGAUUUCAGGGAGACUUUUGAUUUUGCCAAAGCGACGUGUCUCGGGAUUCCCCCGUUUGGUGUCUCGCGUGUAACACCGAAAAAAUUACGAGUGCAAGAACAGUUGGAACAGUCCGGAUUUGAGAAGUAUUUCGACGAGGGGCAGAUCUACGAAUGUUGGGUUUUUGUGCCCCCCAAAGACGUGACACAGUUUUUCCACCAGUGGCAACGCGAACGUAAAAUUUGGUGGCGGAGAUUUUCUUCUUCACCCGGACGUUACGUUUUGACGGAUAUACGCAACGAGGGGGCACAAAACGUGGAAAUUUUAGCCAAGUACCCAUGGGGGGACCAAUUGGUGGAAAGUUUGAGUGUUGUUAGCGAAAUCGAGGGACUUACAAACGAGCAAUUACAGAUUCAAGAGGGCAAAAAAUCAGUUCAAAGCCAAUGUGUUGUUAGUAGAAUUUCUUCCUCGACGAUGCUUCUAAACACGGUCUGUGACGCUUACGACGAACCUAUGUUUCAAGACAAGGAGCGUCCUCUUUUGCGCUUCCACCGCAAAUUGGCGCCUUAUAAAAUCAGUUUUUCGGUUCCUUCAGGAGUAAUGUCGGUAACUAACGAAUUGAAAGAUUUGGCGAUUUAUUUGUGUCGCCAGUUACGUAAAAGUCACAUUUCGUGUCUGUACCUCCCUUCAAGUUAUAAAAACACUCUUGACUCCCAAUGGCGACAAUAUGACCAGUUGGGGGUACCCUACAAUGUACUUUUAAACGCAAAUACCCUAAAAAAUGGAAUCGUUCUUUUGCGAAGUCGGGACACAACACUCAAGGAACAAGUGCACGUUGCUGACCUACCCUCCUACGUCGAAAAACUGUACGAAAACUAUUAAUUCUGACUGUAUUUUAAAACAUUUACCAAACAUACGGGACGCCUAUGGUUUCAUUAAAAUAUACUUUGUUUCCCUAGCAACAAGCUUGUUUCCUUAGUAACGUCCAUUUAAACGCACAGUUUUCUCCAUAGGCGUCGCCACAGUUAAUUUUGGUUGAAUUUCCUAAAAUUAAUUCCUGUCGUUCCCGAAAUCCAGGCAAUGUACGCCGAGACUCUUGUAUAAACCGAAUUGUUGUUGGAAAGUCGACAUUUCGGUGACCGAGCCAAGUAACUCGUUAUCCCCACUUGAAUGUAGUUUUUAUUUUUCUUAAUAAAAAGAGGACCACCACUGU